AUUAAUUUGAAUUUGUUUCUGGGUUGCCUUUAUCCGUGAUUAAUCGGAGACCGUAAAUCAAAAUAAUUUGACAAGGCUAAAUUAGUUUCGUCGCCUGUCUGCAUCCAAAUGUAUAGAUACGAUGCAGCCAAUUACGAUCCAACAGCUUGGGAUGAUACAGACUUGAUUCGAGCGUACGACGCAGCGUUGAACUCUUUCGAGAAGAAAUGUAAAGUGAACGGUGAUAACAAUUCAGCAGGGAGCACUGGCGGAACCAUUCAUAACAAUGGAGGAGGGGCGAAGUUGAAAUCGGCCAAUUCGAGGAAAUCUUACCCCGGUACAGCGAGGUCUAAUUCGUCGAGGAAAAGUUCAUCGACGCCGGAUGGUGAGAAGGUAUUGGUUUGGAAUGUGGGCGAUCGAUGUAGCGCAUACUUCACAGAGGAUGGUGAAUUGUAUCCGGCUGAAAUCAUUUCCAUAAAAGGAAGCUCGUGCUACGUCAGGUAUAUGGACUACGGUAACAAAGAAGAGCAUAAUCUAUGUGACUUGCGACCGUUCGAAGACUACCACUACUACGACACAGACAUAUCUCUAGACGCCACUGGCUCAGACAUGAAUCUGAACGAAUCAUCAGCGCACAAGUCAAUCAUGAUGUCAGCAACAGGUUCAUCCAGUCAGAACAACACGCAUAACUCAAUGCCAGCUUUCCCGACGGCGUCAAGGAACUUCCAGAACCAUCCGCCACCCCCGGUUCCUCAUGCUUUUUUAAAUGGUGCUAACUCUCAACCAGGUUUUGACAACAUGAGUAACUUAAACCGGCAAUCGGCGGCUGUGCCUAAUGGAAAUGCAUCUAUGAACCCACCUGUCGAUAUGGAUGGCUUCAACAAUCCUACGUUAGGUCCCCCGCAUUGUCCUCAGGAAAUGAUGAAUGGACUUCCCCUGAUUCCACCACCGCCUCCAGUGCCUGCAGCCAGUGUAACAAAUGACCAGGCGCUCAAUGCAAUGCUGAUGUCAUGGUACAUGGUCGGAUAUCACAGUGGGUACUAUCUAGGCAUGCAACAUGGUAUGGCCUCACAGCAUCAUCAACAGCAACAACAACAACAACAAGCUGCACCACCGCAGCAUAUUAACAACUUGAACGUGAAAAACUUCGCAAACACCCAACAUCCAAAUAUCAAUGUACCUACAUCGAUGCACCAAGAUGUAGCAAUAUCUCAAAUUGGACCUCCUCAAAUGCCAAAUCAUGACAUGGAAAGCAGUGUAUUUAUUUUGAAAAAUGAUCGCAAAAAUGCUAGUGGAGGGUCCAAUCUACAACAGCCAAUCGGGGUCAACGAGCAGCAAAGCCAAUUGUUUCCUCAAAACGGGGCAAUAAGUGUCAGCAAUUUAGGAUCACUUCAGCAUGUGCAGUCGCCAAAUCAACAGUCAGUGUCGUCUCCUAUAAACAGUCCGCUAAGUCAGGUGAACUCAGUGGUGAGUUCUUUGACAACGUCUGCAACCCAAGCGACAUCAACCGACUCGAACCCUCUUGCGGAUGCGCUGAGUUCAACUCGGGUUUUGAAUAGUGGCGACAAUAUCAAAAGGUUUCAUACCAACUCCAUGAGUAUCAAUUCGCCGCAGUUUGAUUAGCUGACUUUUUUUGACUGAUUGAAUAAUAAUUACUUCGCAAACUCAAAAUAUCUGCUCUUGCAAUAUUGAAGCAGCAACAAAAUUUCAGUUUAAGUAUUCAAAACUAAGUUUGUACGGCUGGUUUCACCGUCAAAUUUAGACUGAGGUGAAAAAAAUUGAUAUGAAAAAUAAUUAUGAAUUUUUGUUACCGUUUUGAACUACGUUGAACAGUUGUUACUAAUUUAUUUUCAACGAAA